ACGGAGCCGUAGCGUUUUCUAACAAGUCUUGGAAAUAGCAAAUCAUUUCUCUGAUUCAUAUUGAAUUUUCAUUUUUUUAUCUGUGUCAUUUUUGGUGUCUACGAUGUUUAUUUACCUCAGUAAAAAGAUUGCUAUUCCUAACAUUGCACGUCUAAGGUGUAUUUCAUGGAACAAAGAACAAGGUUUCAUAGCAUGUGGAGGAGAUGAUGGCCUCCUCAAAGUUCUUAAACAAGAAACCCACACAGAUGAUGCCAAAUUGAAGGGACUAGCAGCACCAAGUAAUCUAUCGAUGAAUCAGACACUAGAAGGUCACAGUGGUGCUGUGCAGGUGGUGACAUGGAAUGAGCAGUACCAGAAACUGACAACUAGUGACCAAAAUGGGCUGAUUAUUGUGUGGAUGCUUUACAAAGGUUCCUGGUAUGAGGAGAUGAUAAACAACAGAAACAAAUCGGUUGUUCGGAGUAUGAGUUGGAAUGCAGAUGGACAGAAGAUUUGCAUUGUUUAUGAAGAUGGAGCUGUUAUUGUUGGAUCAGUAGAUGGUAAUCGCAUCUGGGGAAAAGAACUGAAAGGGCUUCAGUUAUGUCAUGUUGCAUGGUCAUCUGACAGCAAAAUUUUACUUUUUGGUAUGGCUAAUGGCGAGAUCCAUAUAUAUGAUAAUCAAGGCAACUUCAUUGUGAAGAUGGUUCUGAACUGCUUGGUAAAUGUGACAGGUGCAGUUAGUAUUGCAGGAAUACAUUGGUACCCUGGAACUGAAGGUUAUGUUGAACCUGACUGCCCCUGCCUGGCUAUCUGCUUUGACAAUGGAAGGUGUCAAAUAAUGCGUCAUGAGAAUGAUGAAAAUCCUGUACUGAUUGACACUGGAAUGAAUGUUGUAAGCAUUCAGUGGAAUCACUGUGGAAGUGUACUGGCUGUGGCAGGUUCUCAGAAAGUAGCAUCUCAAGACAAAGAUGUCAAUGUUGUGCAGUUUUAUACACCUUUGGGUGAGCAUUUGCGAACUUUGAAGGUUCCUGGUAAACAGAUGGCUGCAGUAUCUUGGGAAGGAGGAGGGUUAAGAAUUGGCCUUGCUGUAGAUUCUUUCAUAUAUUUUGCUAAUAUCAGACCUGAUUAUAAGUGGGGUUACUGUUCAAACACAGUUGUGUAUGCAUAUACUAGACCUGACCGCACAGAGUACUGUGUAGUGUUUUGGGAUACCAAAAACAAUGAAAAAUAUGUGAAAUAUGUUAACAGCCUUAUGUCCAUAACAACAAAUGGAGACUUCUGUAUACUGGCAACUAAAGCUGAUGAUUCUCAUCCACAGGAAGAUACUGAGGUGGAGUCUGUGGGUGGAACGUAUGUACUUGUUCUUUGCAAUUCUAUUGGGACUCCCCUGGACUCAAAAUAUGUUGAUAUUGAUCCACAGUUUGUUACAAUCACUAAGACCCAUGUGAUUGCAGCAUCCAAAGAAGCUUUUUACACCUGGCAGUACCGAGUCGCAAAAAAACUUACUGCACUUGAAAUUAAUCAAGUUGCUAAAACAAGAAAAGAAGGCAGAGAAAGGGUCUAUCAUAUUGAUGAUGCGCCAUCUGGGACUACAGAUGGGAUGGUUGAUUUUACAAAAGCUUUUACAGCAACCAAAGACCCAAUUUGCUGCAUAACCGCUACAGACAAAACACUAAUAGUGGGCCGGGAAUCUGGAACUAUUCAGAGAUACAGUUUGCCAAAUGUAGCUUUAGUCCAGAAAUAUGUCUUAAAUUGCAGGGCCUAUCAGAUGUCAUUAAACUGCAACUCCAGUCGGCUGGCAAUAAUAGAUAUAACUGGAGUGCUCACAUUUUUUGACUUUGAAGUACAGUCAGCAGAGGGUUCAGGUCAGCAAGGUGCAGGAGAACACCUAAAAUUUGAGCGUAAAGAUGUCUGGGAUAUGAAGUGGGCAAAUGACAAUCCUGAUUUGUUUGCUAUGAUGGAAAAAACAAGGAUGUAUGUUUUUCGAAACCUUGACCCUGAGGAACCAAUAUUGACUUCUGGCUACAUUUGCAGUUUUGAAGAUUUGGAAAUUAAGUCUAUUCUUCUUGAUGAAAUUUUAAAGGACCCAGAGCAUCCUAACAAAGAUUACCUCAUCAAUUUUGAAAUUCGCUCUUUGCGUGAUAGCCGUGCACUUAUUGAAAAAGUUGGUAUUGAAGAUGCUUCCCAGUUUAUUGAAGAUAAUCCACAUCCUAGACUAUGGCGUCUGCUGGCAGAGGCUGCACUUCAAAAACUAGAACUGAAGACAGCGGAGCAAGCAUUUGUACGUUGUAAAGAUUACCAGGGCAUUGAAUUUGUGAAACGCCUAGGUAAUCUUCAGAGUGAGUCCAUGAAGCAAGCCGAGGUGGCAGCAUACUUUGGAAGGUUUGAGGAAGCUGAAAGAAUGUAUUUGGAUAUGGACAGAAGAGAUCUUGCAAUCAGCCUCCGAAUAAAACUAGGUGACUGGUUUCGUGUUGUUCAGCUGCUGAAAUCAGGAUCUGGUGAUUCUGAUGACACUCUUCUUGAACAAGCCUAUAAUGCUAUUGGAGAUUAUUUUGCAGACAGGCAAAAAUGGAUGAAUGCUGUUCAGUAUUAUUUGCAAGGCCAAAACCAAGAACGUCUGGCAGAGUGCUAUUAUAUGCUGGAGGAUUAUGAUGGGCUAGAAAGGCUUGCAAAUUCCUUGACAGAAAAUCAUAAAUUACUCCCAGAUAUAGGUCAUAUGUUUGUGACAGUUGGCAUGUGUGACCAGGCUGUGAAUGCAUACUUGAAAUGUAAUGAACCAAAAGCUGCAGUUGAUGCAUGUGUGCACCUAAAUCAGUGGAACAAAGCUGUUGAACUAGCUAAGAAUCACAACAUGAAAGAGAUUGGACCCCUCUUGUCAAAAUAUGCCUCGCACUUAUUGGAGAAGAAUAAAAUCCUGGAUGCAAUUGAGCUCUACAGAAAAGCCCAUCACUUUCUGGAUGCUGCAAAACUCAUGUUCAAGAUUGCUGAUGAAGAAGCAAAAAAAAGAACAAAACCCUUGCGUGUUAAAAAACUGUAUGUUUUGGCAGCCCUGUUAAUAGAAAAUUAUCAUGAGCAAAUUAAAGUUACACAAAAAGGAAAAGUGAAAGGGAAAAGAUCUGAGGCUACAUCAGCAUUAGCAGGUUUAUUAGAAGAAGAUGCCACAUCUGUAGAUAACAGAAUAAUUGAUAAUGCUUGGCGUGGAGCUGAAGCCUAUCAUUUUUUCUUACUUUCUCAAAGACAGCUAUAUGAAGGCUAUGUAGAUGCUGCCAUGCGGACAGCUAUUCAACUUUGUGAUUAUGAAGACAUAAUUCCAGCUGUGGAAAUCUAUUCACUACUGGCUAUCUGUGCUUCUGCCAAUCGGGCUUUUGGUACUUGUUCUAAAGCAUUUAUUAAACUGGAGUCCUUGGACACCCUUAAUUCAGAGCACAAACAGCAAUAUGAGGAUCUUGCACUGGAGAUUUUCACAAAGCACAGUCCAAAAGAUAAUAGAAAAUUGGAAAUGGAUAAUAAUCCAGAUAGUGAAGAUGGAAAGUUGCCAAUCUGUAUUGUAACUGGACGGCCAAUUUCAGAAUACCAAUUCUGGAUGUGCAGUACAUGCAAACACUGUGCAUUUGAACAACACAUUACUAGUCGUAACUUCUGUCCUCUCUGCCACACUUCUGUAGCAUAGGCUUAAAACAGGUGGUACAAAGGUCUUGUUAAUUUAUAUGCUUUUUUAAAAUAUUACAUACUGUAGUUUGCAUUUGUAAUUAUUUGUGAAUACAAUACCAGAACAUAGA